UAAGGAGGUGUCUAUGUCUAUAAGGCAGCGUGCACCAUGUGCUUACCUUUUGGCUUGAAUGAGAGAUAAGGGACCUCAAUAAAAAGGAGUGAUCUUCCUUCCAUCAACAGCCUCAUCUCACGGAUCUUGCCCCUCUCUUCUCCCUCCCUGUCUCUGAGUUUCUGUCUCUGUUCCUCUCAUCCCACUUUUGUUAUUUUAACAAACACUUCUUCUUCAAUAUUGAUAUAUAAGGCCUAGAGAAUACAUAUUCAUUGCAAAUUCAGAGACUUGGUUGCAGCAUAUUCAGUAUAAAGGUUUCAGUUAUUACCCCAAAUGGCCUCUAAUUGGAAGAAGACCAUCACAACACCAUUCAAGAAAGCUUGCACUUUCAUUAACCAGCAAAAAACAAGGGAUCAGAAGAAGUCACAAACAGAGCAAGAGAGGGGUGUGAUGGAUCUUCAGGGUGAAGUGAUGGCAUGUGGCUAUGAAGAUGUUCAAGUUAUGUGGUCUAUCCUGGACAGGUCAAAAUCCACAAGCUGCAACAUGGCUUCUUCAAGCUGAACCUUUGAUUCCAGAUUUCAAACAAAACCGGUGCGGCAAUUAGCUAAAGUUUUUGGAUGCUAAUGUUGUUAGAGUAAAUCAUGGCUGGCUGCAUCAUACUUAAGUUUGAUGCAAUUAUGAUUGUAAUUAUGUUUGUAGGAGAAGAUAUUUAGGUGUUUGGUAAGGUUUGAAUGAUUGCCCCUUUUUCUUAGAAGAGGACGGUGGCAGUUUGAGAUUGUGAUUUAGAAUCCCCGUGAUUGAUGGAAAGAAAAUCAUGGCGAGAUUUUGUUAAAAGCUAGAUUCUUUUCGUGUC